GCAACAAUGAUGGCAAUAUGGCAGCUUUCACUUCUGUCUCGUCCUAAAAAUCGUCUCCCGACAACAAAUCCUCCCUCCCGCUUGUCUCUCCACCAUCUUCCGACAGCAUUCGCGCCCCGCAGGCCUCGCCUCAAAUUGAACACUUGAGUCAGAUAUAGCUCGAAAGCCAAGCCUGCCCGUCGAGCUGGUCAUGACCUGAAAAGCCUCAGAUUGCCGGCCAUGUUGUGUUCUGGCUCUUCUCUGACCUCUGACCUGAUGCAGCUUCACGCCGGCCAGGCCAGGACAUCUUCGGAGCGCCCUCCAUCGCCACGCCGCUUGUCUCUCAGAAGGAGAGCAGUUCUUUCCCCGUGCUGACAACCCUGAAGGCCUAGACGGUUCCUCAGUGACGAGCGUGGUAGUCCCUUCAUCCACACUUGGUCUCUCCCAGGCCCCCUGCCUUUAGGUCAUAACCGUCGCUAACCCACCCCAAUCCUUAUUUGCUGGAAUACAGUCCAGUCCUACCCCGCGCGUAGCCUGUCUUCAAAAGAUGGCUCCCCCCAAGGCGCACGAGCCAUCGGAGCCAUCCAGAUCGGAACGACCUGUGUCGCCGGAAGAUGGCAAAGACUUGAAGUUUGGACAGCUCUGGAAGAACGCAGGCAAUCCUCCUCCUCGACCUCAACAACCAAGUGAUCAGCCCGAGACAGGACGGCGCCAAUCGCUGAUACACUUCCACACUGCGGAUGCAGAGGAUAUCAUUAGAAGGGAGAGUGUCGCACAGGGCACGGCUAGAAUGUCCUCCAAUGUGCCCAGAAGACUAUCGUCGCCCCCUCCUCCCAUAAACUACCAACGUGGUGUCUCGUUCGACACCUUCGACAAUCGAGAUGCAUCAACAGAAUCCUUUACCCUGAACUACAAGCAUCGCGACUAUACACACAACCGUCAAAGUAGGACUUUUCUGUGCGGGACAGAUGCAAAAGACUAUUCCGAGUAUGCGCUAGAGUGGAUGCUAGACGAGUUAGUCGACGAUGGGGACAUGAUCGUUUGCCUUCGGGUGAUUGAGAAAGAUGCACGACCAGGGGAAACAUCAUACGACCAUGGCAAGUAUAGAUUAGAGGCACAAAAGCUACUGGAUAGCGUUGUCAAAAAAAACAGUUCGGAGGAGAAGGCUAUUAGCAUCAUCAUGGAGUUGGCUGUUGGAAAGGUUCAAGAGAUCUUUCAGCGCAUGAUUGAGCUAUACGGACCCCAAGUACUGGUUGUCGGCACGCGAGGGAGAAACCUGGGAGGCAUGCAAGGGCUUCUCCCUGGUUCGGUUUCCAAAUAUUGCCUACAACACUCUCCUGUCCCCGUCAUUGUUGUCCGACCCACAUCGAAGAGGAUGAAGAAGAAACAGAAACGGCAAAUGGACACGGGUCGAAGUCUCUAUAGCAGUAUGCUUGAGCAUGCCCAGUCGGCUGGAGGUAAUCAUCUGUACGCUCAGGCCAACAGCACUUCAAUAUCGAUGGAAGCAACUCAAAAAGAGGCCGAUGCCGUCGUAAAGGCGAUCGGUCAACCUAAACGGGGUAUUCUGAAGGGCACGUAUGGUGGACCACUCACGCGGGUCACCUCAGCCAAAAGCGACAUAACCUCCGACGAAGAUUCUCCCGAAAGAAGUUUUGCGUUGCCCAUAGGAUAUCUGAGCACAGAAAGUGCCCCACGAGCAGACCUGGCCAUGAAAAGCCCGAGUAUUGCUGCUCUUGCGGAAGACUGGGACGAAAAACCGCCCAAAUCACCUAGGCAUGGCGCGAAGAAAGCAGACAGCGAGGCGGCUAUCUCUGAUGAAGAGGAUAUUCACCUGUUGGUGCCCAGGAUCGUGGAGGAACGACGGCCGUCUGUAAGAGAGACGACGCCCUGGUUGGCGGAUAUACUGCGAGACAAGCCACAAAGAAGGUCACCGAGCCAUGGUCGGUCGCCUUCUCGAUAACACUUUCGGAUGUAUCCUCUGGCCACGAUAAUUCCUACUCUUCCAUGGUCAACGCCCAUCUGGGUUUCCGGAAGUCAACUAGAACAGCUCAUGCAAAGCGCACUGUUGGAGCAGCCCUGAUCCCACUGCGCAGAAUCUCAUCUUUUGCGGAAGACAUCGAUUCUCCUUGCAAAUGGACAUAUGUAUACCACUACUUCAUCUUGAGAAGCCGGCCCACUCUACCGAGCAAGCAUCAGAUCCCUGGGAUAUUGGGUGCUAUCCUUGUCAGAUUACGACCCCUGGUGGCUUAUGCUGGUGUGAAAUAUAGACACAGCUGCUCAACGCAAACCACCACGGCAUUUAGCUUUGUCUGCAUCGAUUGUAAGGUAUUCAAGCAACAGGAGGGUGGCCAUAGAAGACAGUGGUAGUAGACUACUUUGGGUACUACCAAACACAUUUAAAUACAAAGACAUCUCAAUAUGACCGCUGAAGGUUCCAAGAUAA